AUGAUGGGUUGUUUCCCAAUGUGCUAAGAUGCAGCCGCCUCUGGGGUGGAUCCAUGGUGGCCAUUAUUUGCUAGUGACAGCCCGUGGACCUUUCUUGCCCUCCAGGCCUUCCAUUCUCCUGUUAAAGAAGCACUCCCCAGGCUCCCUCUGUCUGUGUGACUGGCCAGCAGGAGGUGGUGGUAACUUUCUAGCCACUUCUCACACUCUGUGAGACAGGCUGCAGAAUGUUUUGCUCCAGCUCAUCCCAGCCUGGCGUGGGACAGGGAAGAGAAAUGGCUGCAGUGGAGUCAGUCCAGGGGCCGGUGACCUUCAAGGAGAUGGCUAUGUAUUUCACCAGGGAAGAGUGGGCUCUGCUGGACCCCACUCAGACAGCCCUCUACUGGGAUGUCAUGCAGGAGAACUAUGAGACUGUGACCUCGCUGGGCCAGAGAAUAACAUCCAUGUUUCGCUGCAGAUCAUCUCGUCCUCCCAGGGGCAAGGAAAUGGCUGCAAUGGAGCUGGCUCAGGGGCCGGUGACCUUUGAGGAGGUGGCUGUGUAUUUCACCAGGGAAGAGUGGGCUCUGCUGGACCCCACUCAGAGAGCCCUCUACUGGGAUGUCAUGCAGGAGAGCUAUGAGACGGUGGUCUUGCUGGGCCAGAGAAUAACAUCCAUGUUUUGCUGCAGAUCAUCUCGUCCUCCCAGGGGCAAGGAAAUGGCUGCAAUGGAGCUGGCUCAGGGGCCGGUGACCUUCGAUGAGGUGGCUGUGUAUUUCUCCAGGGAAGAGGGGACUCUGCUGGAUCCCACUCAGAGAGCCCUCUACAGGGAUGUCAUGCAGGAGAACUUUGAGACGAUAGUCUUGCUGGGAGAGAAGGUUUCAGUUGAAUUGAAUGCUCUGGCUUAG